CGCGCGCCUGGCCGGUCGUUAUGCAGGCCUUGCGGGGAGCCAGCUUCGCGCGGGGCCUAGGGGCCCUGGUUCCAGCCUGGCUAUGGGGCUCUCGUGGCCGCCCCUUGGCCCUGGCGCGUGCGGCAGGGGCGCUCGGAGUGGGGGGCAGGCGGACCCCGGCCCGGCGGGAGCCGCGCGCGCGCGCGUUGGGCCUGUCGGCCGCGGCGGUGGUGAGCGCUGCGCCCCGCCCCCUGCAGCCCUACCUGCGCCUCAUGCGCCUGGACAAGCCCAUCGGAACCUGGCUGUUAUAUUUGCCGUGUACCUGGAGCAUUAGUUUGGCAGCUGAGCCUGGGUGUUUUCCAGAUUGGUACAUGUUAUCCCUCUUUGGCACUGGAGCUAUUCUGAUGCGUGGAGCAGGCUGUACUAUUAAUGACAUGUGGGACCGUGACUAUGAUAAAAAGGUUACAAGAACAGCAAAUCGCCCAAUAGCUGCUGGAGACAUUUCAGCUUUUCAGUCCUUGGUUUUUCUCGGGGGACAGCUGACCUUGGCACUGGGUGUUCUUCUGUGUCUGAAUUACUACAGUAUAGCUCUGGGAGCAGCAUCGUUACUUCUCGUCAUCACCUACCCCCUGAUGAAGAGAAUCACAUACUGGCCUCAGCUAGCCUUGGGGCUGACUUUCAAUUGGGGUGCACUGCUUGGCUGGUCGGCUGUGAAGGGCUCCUGUGACCCAUCUGUGUGCCUGCCUCUCUACUUUGCUGGAGUUAUGUGGACCCUGAUCUAUGACACUAUUUAUGCCCAUCAGGACAAAAAAGAUGAUGCUCUGAUUGGCCUCAAGUCCACGGCACUGCUGUUCAGAGAGAACACCAAGUGGUGGCUUGGUGGCUUCAGUGUGGCCAUGCUGGGGGCGCUGAGCCUAGCAGGAGUGAGCUGUGCCCAGACCCCACCCUACUAUGCUGCUCUCCUCGUCGUUGGAGCCCACUUGGCUCACCAGAUCCACACUCUGGACAUCCACAGUCCUGCAGACUGUUGGGAUAAAUUCACCUCCAACCGAACAAUAGGAAUAAUCCUCUUUUUAGGAAUUGUCCUCGGAAAUUUGUGGAAAGAAAAGAAGACAGAUGAAGCAAAGGAAAACAAAGAUAGCAGAAUAAAAAAUUAGCAAAUAACAUUUAUCUAGGCAUUAUGAAAACAAAGCUUUAUGAAACACUCAGGGCUUGUGACCAUGAUUUUUGAAUAAGCAUAUUCAGAAUAAGAAUAUUGUGUUACAAUAUGUUACAGAAGUAAGGACAAGAAGAUGAAAAUUUAAAGUAUA